CAUCACCAAACCAGCUUCAUGCUGUCAUCGAGAAGGCAACACCCGAGGAGAACAACCUCUCUGUCUGACAGUCUGUAGCAGCUAACCAGGACAAUAAGUAAACAGCACAAUGUGAGGGUUUAGUGUUGGCACAUAACACGUCAUGAUCGCCUGUGAAGGAGACGACGUUUGCAGUUUGGUCCACGAUGAGCGGCUGCAGUAAACGGGAGAGGGAGCAGAGGAGGAAACUGCAGCACUUUCUAAGUGACCUGGCUUUACUUGGAUCAUUACAGGGCUUUAAAUACUUCCAGCCUUGGCUCAGAGGGAAGGAGGAGCUGCUGCUGACGGUCGUUAAUGAGGAUCUGGGUUGGCGUUCCCCAGGUUUCGUGGUCUCCAGAGCCUCCUCCUACUCGUCCAACAGCAGCAGCUGUAACAGCAGCGAUAUCUCCCCCAGCAGCAGCUCCCCCAGCCUGGACAGCCGGAGCAGCUCCCCCCUGCCCGGGGAGCCUCCAGGCCCACGAGAGCCUCCUCCGUCGCACACACCACACACCAAGACGCAGCCACAGACUGUCAGGGCCCCCAGCAUCGAGGAGCAUCUCCUCCCAGCCUCUCCCAGUGAACGAGAGAUAGCAGUGCCUGAGGUGAACUGCACUCUGUUUUUAUUGGCCGGCUACGUCAAGUACGGACGGCCCUACGCCUGGAUACGCUCCAAUCACGAGCGCCUGGUAAACAUCGGAGGCACCGAUUCGAUGGUCAAGGACACGCCCAUGAAACUCAAGUCCAUCGCGGACUGGCAGACGCGAGGUAUUCGUGUGUGGGACGUCAUCAGUGAGCUGGUGUGUCUGUGCACCGUGCCCUCUCCAUCUAACCCCUUCGCCCUGGACAUGCGCUACAUCAAAAGCCUUCCCCUCCCCGACCGCUUCCUCGUCACCGGCGCUCUCUUAAACUUCCUGGAGAUGUACGUGGUUUACGGAAACCGGGACGAGUUGCACUACGACAAAGUGGUCGAGGAGGUGAAGCCUCUGAGGCGUCUCCACGUCCAGUCCCUGCUGGAGUUACAGCAACACAGGGAGAGCUCCGGGUCGGCGGCAGUUAGUCCCACAGUGCAGGGGUCCUCUGGAGAGGAGUGACUACGAUAAUGAUCCACAUCCAGAUGAGAUACCAUCAGUGCACUUUAACUGACUUUUUGUUGUAAAAAAAAGACAGGAAAUUCAGGUUCAAAUGUGAACAAAAGGACUAUUGAGGUUGUUUUUUUGUGUUGUGGCGUGUUCUCGUAUAGAGACCACUCUAUUGGUACAAACUGUACUUAUUUCUUUCAAGGCUACACAGUCCAGUAUCUGUAUCUUUACUACAGUUGGAAAGUAGUCUUGUGUAUGAGGAGUUUUUGAUAAUGUAAAAACACUGGAAGAAUAACCCUGGGAAAUGAGUCACAUGACUGAGAUUAAACAUUCCAGGACCUCUCUGAA